AUAAUAUUAGUAUUAGUGUUAAAUUUUAAAUGAAAUUAUUAGACAUGAAAGGGUUUAUAAUUUUCACCUUGUUGUUUGUUGCCGCUAAUGCGGUCCCAUUUCUAGACAAAUUACGCGAACCACACGCUGGAAAGACCUGGGUAGUAUUAGCUGCCAGCUCCGAGGGCUGGGACAAUUAUGGUAUGGAGGCCGACGUAUACCACGCCUACCAAGUGGUGCGCAAACACGGAAUACCCGACGAAAACAUAAUUGUUAUGCAUUACGACGAUAUCGCUCACCACAAGAGUAACCCCACACCCGGUGUAGUCGUCAACCGAGUGAACGGCACCGAUGUCUACAAAACGCCGUACGAAGUGCCCAAACACUACACCGGAAAGGAGGUCACCGUUGAGAACUUCUUGGGUAUCCUUAAAGGAGACCCGAAGUUAGAGAAAGCGGGCAAAAAAGUACUUAAAAGUGGACCCAAUGAUCGCGUAUUUGUCCAUUUAAAUGACCAUGGUGGUGAUGAGGUGGUAUUUUUCCCUAAUUUCGAGACUACAUUAUCGGCCAAGGACUUGAAUGAUGCUCUCAUUGAAAUGCACAAACAAAAUAAAUUUGCCCAGUUGGUAUUUUACCUAGCUGCUUGCGAAGCGGGUUCAAUGUUUGCCAAACUGUUGCCUAACGAUAUCAAUGUGUACGCUAUUACCGCUACUAAGCCUGGUGAAUUAGGUUGGAAAGCCGAAAGUGAUCAUGGCACAUAUGAUACGUGGGUUGCUACCUUUUUCACGGUCGUAUGGCUCGAUGACAGUGAAAAAAGUGAUUUGACCAAGGAGCUUAUUUCCGGUCAAUACGACUACUUUGUUGAGCAUAAUAAUUUCACCAUGGACGGCUCACACUAUUCGCAACACGCCCAACAAUAUGGCGAUUUGAGUAUCGCAGCUAAACAACACGUGUCCGAUUAUCAAGGUGAUAAAAAAGCUCCAAAAGUACAUUCCGGUGCUUAUAAACCCAGUGGUUUUGCACCUAUUAGAGGUUCACAAUUGUUCAAGCUACAAAGUCUAAUUAAAAACACAAAUGAUGCUGAUCAAAAGUCACAAUAUGUAUCGCAAUUGAAUGCAUUGCUAAACAACAGACAAGUGUUGGACAAACAGAUCGAUGAAUAUGUGAGACAAUUGCCGGCAAUUGACGCCAAUAUCGCAUUGAAUGGCAAACUAGAGCUCAAUAACAGAGACUGUUAUAAGAAACUGAUCGACACUUUCAAUCAAAAGUGCUAUGGAUUUAGCAAAAACACAUAUGCUAUAAAUAAGCUUGGGAGUUACUAUAUCGAAAGUCAACAGUAUAAGUACUGUAAUAUGUACUAA